AUGCACAGAUUCAUACUUUUUAUCUUCUAUUCUUGCUCAUACAAACAAGAAAAAAUGUCCGCAAGUAGUGAAAUGCAAAUUCGUCGUACAGCGACUUCACGACCAACAGGUGCCGGCUCGCAUUUAUCCUCGACUGGUACACCAUCGUCAGCUAGUAGUCACAAACGAAGACACGACGCUGUUCUAUACAGUGAUGCUGCUGUUCGUUUCAAUGAAAAUAGUCUUGAACAAUGUCGAACAUCUGUUAGUGCACUUUCGGGUUGUGUUGCUGGUAUUAUUGGUUUAACAUCUUAUAAAGGAUUUCUCUUCUAUGGUUUCUCUAUGCUACUAUUAUCAUUUCUUAUCUUUGUCGUCAUUCGACGUGAACAUCGCAAGUUUUUUACUAAUUUAAACCACGUUUUCGUCAAUGGAUUUUUCAAUGGUCUGCUUACAUAUGUACUCUUCUGGACAUUUCUCUAUGGAAUGGUGCAUGUUUAUUGA